GUGCAACGCUGCGACCCAAUUGUUACAUUAGUUUUAACCCGCGUUGUCACUUAUUGAAGUGAUGCGUGAUUACUUUGACGUGCCGUACGACCUAUUUAAAAGGCACGUAAGUGCAGCUUAACGUUUCAAGACGUGCGCACGAGCCGCGAUCGCUUUGUCUCCUUGCCUCGAUUUCUCGCUCACGUGAACAUUCUUUCGAGUUUUCUGUCUGUGUGUCUCGUGCCGUCGCGCGCUUUCGACAGCCGGGGCACUGGUCGUCGCUGACAGCGUCAUUGUUCGUUUCAUAUUUUGUAUCCGAUGAGAGAGACGAACAACAUCGUCGAUGAAGCGGCCGAGGAGUCCAUGUUUUGCCGGCCAGCGGCGGCGGCGCAAGUUACUGCGUCGUCUGCACGACUCGGAGGCAGCGUAUGCAGCGCCGCUUUUCCGCCGCAAGCGUUCGCUCGACUGCGGUCUCGAUCGAACGCCGGGUUCUCCGCCGCCAGUAAAGAGACCGCGGCUCGACGGCAGCCAUGCCUUCCUCUGGGAAAUCCAGGAGACACCGAAAGAACCGACCUUCGGUAAGGAUUCCAAGCACAACAAGCAACACAAGAAUGGCGGCAACGCUAGCGGAGCACCCGCCGUGAAUGCUGCGCUUGCGCAGUCGCCUCCGGUCACGUCUCCAAUGGAGGCGCAGGCACCGCCCAUGGUCGAACCGGGCGGCUGCUGCGACAAGCUGGACCUGUCCGCGGUGCUGAUGUCCGGACCCCCGCUGCCCGCCGACGCCGCCAUGGAGCUGGCCAGCCCGCCGGCCUCGGACGAAGACGACCCGGCGUUCAACGCCUUCAACUACUGGAAGACCCCGUUCCCCGACGUCAGCGUCGACGUCAUCAUGGAGUAACGAGAGAGGAGGGGAGACAAGUAGACCACCCGCCAUCUUCAAGGCCAGCCCCGCUUCGCUUCCCCGCCAGCUGCCUACAUCACUGAAUAAUUUCCAUUUCAGUCAUUUUCUUUCUCACCACCAUGUUCCCACACUGACUGCGUCCCAUCGCUGUCUUAUACCGUUGUCACGCGGGCAAUCGCGACCAGGGUCGAUCCGGAUCGGACUUCGUGAUCACUGCUAACGAGUUGGUCGCUGCUACACGGUCCAGACUAAAGGGCGAGACAGACGGUACGAUUUUGCAUGCGAUGCGACGUCCGACACGGCGGUGGGGGAGAGGGAAUUGUGGCUGCCCGAUGCUAUGAAAGGUCACCAUUCCGGUUUCCCCACCGCCGUGUCGGACGUCGCAUCGCAUGGAAAAUCAUACCGUCUGUCUCGGGCUUAAUCCGAAUCGAGCUUGGCGCUGACGUCAUUCAAAUCGCGAUCUAGCAGCCUGAUCUCGAUGCGCUGAUCACGAUCGUCUUGGUCCCGAUCUGGCCUGAUCGCGUUAAAAGAAGCUGUGUAACAGCACCUGACCCUGAUAAAGCGUAAUCCGGAUCGGCCCUGAUCGCGGUGGAAUUGUGCCCGUGUUACACCGGUAUUAAAUACUGGAUUGCGCAGAUGCGACACAGGACCAAGAAAGAAAGAACACUGAAGCACAGGACUUUCUUAUUUGGUACUGUGUGAAAUGUGCGCUGUCCAGUACUUUAAGAGAGCCAAGUAGCUCAGAAACGAAGUUUGUUAACUCCCAUUGUUGUUUCGUUCAUAUCGUUCCCUGUCCUGCAGUCACCCCUUCCACCAACAGACCACGCUUGCUUAGUACUUAAAAGGGCCCGUGUUAUAAUAAACGCGCAGAAGAUAGCGGGUUUCGCGCUUAAAACUUUCGUUGUAGUAGUAGUCGCCACGUUGAUGCAGUAGAUCGCUUUCGCCAUUUGUUUGUACGAAGAAAGGGCAAAAAAAAAAAGUUGGAGCCACGCAGAUCGCGCACAGCUGGCAGAUAUCAACCAGGAAAAUGUGCCCUGAAUGGAUACACGCCUCUGAGUGUAAGCGCCUUGUCAGUGAAUAUUUUUUCCCGCGCGUUUAUUUUUUUCCCCGUUGCUCCGGAUGUCGUUAAAAGCUUUAGCUUAUCGUAAGCGGACGCUGAACGUCGUAUCCGGCAACAGAAGUCAAUAACGCCUUUCGGCUUGAGGAUUGAAGUGUUUUUGGAGACGCCUUGCGGCGCUGUGGUCAAACCACAAGCAGCUGGAAACGUGCUACUUCUGUCGUACGAGUGCACCCCUUCGAAUAAAAGAAAAGUCAGCUGUUUAUGUGCAGUACUAAUGGUCAUGUAUGUGCAUCGAUUAAGCGCAGGUGGAAACAACCUAAAGUGCAGCGAUUGUAUAACACGUGCGUUUUUGUUUAACACAGCGCCUCAAGAGGUGUCACCAGUGCUCGUUCUGUGGUCUGUCUUCGCCAGUACGUCUGUGAUGUUUCGGGGGGGGGGGGGGGGUGUAUUCAUUUGCAUGUGGCUUUCGCCAAGCCCCCCUUUUUUUUUUAGAUCUCAUAAGGAGCUUUCUUCACAUUCUCUUGACGAAUUGUAUGUAUGUGUUUCUUCACCCGCGCAUUCAUAGUUUGGCGUGUGCCGACACAAUGCCCUGCUAUGCCGGAUGAAGUGUCUCGCUCAUAGUAGCAAGUGUUAAUGAUAGAGAAACCCUAUCGAAAAUGCGUUGAAGCGCGAUAGAAUAAUGGCAAAAUUUGUAAUAUACAAGAAAGAAAGAACGAAGAAAAAAAACUGCAGUCUCUUUUUCUUGUCGCAUACGUUUGUCUUUUUGCCGUUCUGUUCAAGUAUCUUAACAAAAAUCUCGUGGGAAACAAUAUGACAAAUUAAAUAACAGAAAAUAUGAAAUAAAUGUAACAACGACUGAACGCAUUUAAGCACUCUGUGUGCUGGGUAACAUCUCUGUAAGAUUCACGUUUUCAGCUUGCAUUUGCGGCCCGUCAGGUUUGACGGCAUCCAUUGAAUUGACGUGCAAGUUCAUUUUGUGUAAAUGGCGCGGGAUGGGUCAGGACUUUUACAGAAGCGAUAACAAGUAAUUCAAGCAUGAGAACUAAUGUCGCGGCUACCGUUGUCAUAGGAUGAUAUAGCACGCAUGUCUUACCAUUGAUUCCAGUUCAUUUACCAUUGAUAAUGAACAAGACUACGGUGUUAAUUUUUUUCGUAAGAUGCUGUCAAACACAUUGCUGCGCAACGAACGUUUUGUGAAUGUACAGCACAUGCGUCAACUACGCGGGCGUGAGUGCGUGGCCGUCGGUUUGCUUGUUCAUGUUGGAGUGCGCUACAUGUUUUGUGGUUGACCAUAUUUGCUGGCUACUGGAAAGCAAAUGGCUGCCGCCAGUCGCAAGGUAGUUCUGGAAAGCUUAUGCCCCCCUGUUCAUUUCGCGCAUUUGCGUGUUCUUUGUGUGUGUAUAUAUACAUAUAUGUCUGGCGGUCGCCCAUACCUGUUUCUUGACUUGUGUUUCUUUGACAAAUGGAAUAAAUAUAUUCUUUCGUGGUGUUCA